UAAAGCUCUUUCCAAAGAAGAAUUUUACACACAGGUGGCCAAGAAAACGAUAAAAUCUAAAUUUUGUAUCAAUUUGACUGUACUUACAUACUGAAAUCUUAAUUUCACGUUUAACUUCUAGUACUGAAUUAUACUGUUACUGUCCUAGGGAAAUAAAUUCUUUAAGAGCUAGAGUGAUGGCGGAUAUUAUGCAGACACUGCUUCUACUGCUGGGAUCAGCUAUGUUGAUUAAAGCUGAAAUUACAGUGGAUCCAAAUGGCUAUGUGAUGUACUGUCCAUGUAUGGGAAGGUUUGGUAACCAGGCAGACCAUUUUCUGGGAGCAAUCAGGUUUGCUAAGGCAUUAGAUAGGACAUUGGUUCUUCCACCUUGGGUUGAGUUCCGUUUUCCAGCACCAAGAUCAGUACAAGUCCCUUUUGACACAUAUUUCCAAGUGGAACCAUUAAAGCAAUUCCAUAGAGUGAUUACCAUGGAAUCUUUCUUUAAACAUUUAGCUGAUCAAGUGUGGCCUGUUGGGAAGAGAGCAGUUCUGUGUUAUCAAGCAAGGACUUAUGGUGCUAAAGAAAAUGAUUGCAAUGCUAAGGAAGGGAAUCCUUUUGGCCCAUUUUGGGAUACAUUUAAUGUGGAAUUUGACAAAUCAGAAUUUUACCAACCUCUAUACCAUGAUACCUCACCUAGUGAAAUAAACAGAUGGAAAGAGAGGUAUCCUGGAAAAGAUUGGCCUGUUCUAGCAUUUACUGGUGCCCCAGCAACUUUCCCAGUUCAGCAGCAAAAUGUUGGUCUACAGAAGUAUAUUAAAUGGUCAGAAAACAUUGCUGGACAAAGAGAUAAAUUUAUAAAAGACAAUAUUGGAGAUAAGAAGUUUAUUGGUAUCCAUCUACGACUUGGGUCAGAUUUUGAGAAUGCUUGUAGACAUAUUGACAAAAGUCCGAACAUGUUUGCUGCUGUACAGUGUCUAGGAUAUGGGAAAGCUUCACAAGAGAUGUGUUACCAGUCUGAGGAUACUAUUGUCAGAGAUCUAGGAAAACUUAUAAAAGAUACUGGGUGUACAGCAGUAUUUAUAGCAACUGAUAGCAAAGAUCUUAAAAGUAAAUUAUCCAAAAAAUUUGAAAAGGUAAAAUUUGUGAAGCACGAGCCACCACAUCCCCAUGUGGAUUUAGCGGUCCUAGGUGCCUCCGAUUAUUUUAUAGGAAACUGUAUAUCUACGUUCACAGCUUUCGUUAAACGAGAAAGAGACGUAAAUAACAAACCUACAAAAUUUUGGGAUUUCCCUCCAGCAAAAAAGCACGAGGAGCUUUAACGAAUGUAUUCAUGUAGAAAUCCGGAUUAACAUUUUGUUUACAUACUUGUAAAGUGUUUAAUAAUUGUUGCAAAUAUUUUUUGUAUUCUACGUAUAUUUUUAUUUUUACCUUUACUAUUUUUGCCAUAUACAUUGUUAAUCAUAUCCCCAGUGUCUAUUCUAGGAUUUGAAAAAUAGGGGGGAUUUUAAUUGAAAAAUGAGAAUUUUUUACAUUUGAUGGUCUUUUUCCUUCUUUCUCUAUGUAAAAUUUUCCCCCUGCCUCUGAAAAAAUAGGGUGGAAUUCUCAAAAACAUGAGUGAAUCUCCCCAUCCCCCAUCCUAGAAUGGAUACUGUGUCCCCAUAGGGGAAAUUUAUAGUAAUCAUUAUAUAUUAAAUUAUUAAUACACAUACAUUCCAUUGAGGGCCCCUAGCAUUAUAGUGACUGUUAACCAAAUUUUAUUCAAAUUACGGCCCUUUGAUUAUUUUUUAAUCAAAAUUGCCUCCUUCAAAAAGGUCACCUUGUUUAUAUUAUAUAGGCUUAAAUUUUGUUUUAUAAUUUCUUAUCAAUAGAAACGUUUAAAGUGAAAUUCCAUAAUUUUGACUGGUGUAUUAUCUAGAAAUUAUGCAAAUUCACUAAAAACAUAUACAGAAGCAGGUGUUCAUAUUUAAAACUAUGCUGUUUUUAUUGUGAUAAACAAAUUUUAUAGCAUGAUCCAAAAAUUACGAUAACUUUCUCUGUAAUCUUGCGUAUUUUUCUUAAUUUUGAGAAAAAUCAUUAACAAUUUUAAAGGCACAUCAAACCUGGGAAAUGAAAACUUUUUUGUUUAAUGGGCCUUUAAUGGUAAAGGUAAUUUUAAGGAAAAUCAUUACCAGUCUUAAAGGCGCAUCAAGCCUUGGAUAUGAAAACUAUUUUUGCUUAAUGGGCCUUUAAUGGUAAAGGACAAGUUACCAAAAUACUGGGAAUGGUUUGAUUGUGAAAAGUAAAGUUAUGUUAAUGCACACAUGCCAUAAUGUCUGGACGUGGAAACUGUCCUGGAAAUCAGAUGUGUGCCCCAGAGAGGAUUUAUGUCCCGGUAAAAAUCAAAAUCUGAGAUAAUCUAUUUUGCAGAUUUUAAUGCAAUUUAUUAUUAAUGAUACUAGAACGCUAAUAAUGGAACAAUUAUCUCCAGACAAAAUAGCAAAUAUACUAGAAAUGGUGACACUACUCCUUUGAUUAGUAAAUCUGUGUCCCUUCCAAAUAACAAUUAUUGGCAAUAAUUUAGAACAGUUAAUAGAUAUAAAACCUAAUAUGAUUUAAAAUUAAAAAUAUUUUGUUAUUGUUUUCAUUUGUUUAUUUGUUCACUCACCAAAGGUGAAAAGAUUAGUGUAUAAUUUUGUUGUUUCUGUUGGCGGUACAGUUGUAAUUUUGAUGUAUCUGUUGACAGUAUUAAUUGAUUGUCUUUAAAGGAUUUCCUGUGAGAAAAUAUUGAAAAUAUUAUGUGAAUUUGUAAGAUAUAUUUCUUUAUAAAUAGAAGUAGGUAUACUUUAAUGUCAUUGUUUUUGAAUGGUUGAAGAUGCUAACUUCAAAACAAUUGCUUCUCAAUUCAUUAAAAUUCAUUCAAACACUCAUUCAAUAUCCUGUAUAAAGAUAGUGACUGAAAUGUGUUACUGAUGUUCUAAUAAUACAGGGAAUGUUUGUCAUAUAUAGCUUGGUGUUUAUUGUUUUCAUAAAAUGAAAAAAUAAUAUUUUUUGUACAUGUUAUAGAACCAUUUUAUACUGCUUGUACUGUAAUUAAAUACAUGUUGAAAUGA